CAUGAUUCUUCUCUUGUGACAAUCCAGACAGAAAGGAAAAAGCCUCUCUGACUUCUAGCCGAGUUAGAAGACGCUGCGAUGACCGCUCACUGUCGUUUCUGUGCCAAAGGACCAACUUCAAGAGGGAAAAUGGAGUUAAGUUAACCAUUACCAGACUGACUCGGGCCAUUCCUGUCUUUACAUUUGGAGGAUUUUUUGGCGUUGUUGCGCCGACGGGGACAAAGUUGGCGCAUGGAGAGGGACGAAGUUUCAUUUUUGCGCAGCAUCUUUUCUUUGUUUUCUUUGUUUUUGUCGCGUCUGUGCAACACAAGCCGAUAAGCUGGAGUUCAGUUUUGAGUUUUUCUGCCUUUUGAGUUCAUUAAGUUAAGCACGAGAACGAGACAACUUGAGGACGUCACGUCGGGUGAGAUGAUGGACAGCAAACCUCUUCUUCAGAAUCAGGACAUACCUCCCCCCUACCCCGGCCCCGGGGCUCAUGUGUACGGCCCGCCGCAGCACAACUACGGGGCCAUCCCCGCGUCGGCCCCGCCGCCGUACUCGUACCCCGAUGGCCAAGGAUACCCUCCAGCCCAGAUGGCCCCGGCUGUGUCCCAGCAGCCCUAUCCUGGGACCUACACCAUCAUCCAGCCGUCUGUAGUGGUGGUGGGAGGCUGCCCCGCCUGCAGAGUCGGUGUCCUGGAGGAUGACUUCACUUGCCUGGGGAUUCUGUGUGCCAUCUUCUUCUUCCCCCUGGGCCUCCUCUUCUGCUUCGCCCUGCGUCAGAGAAGGUGUCCCAACUGCGGCGCCACCUUCGGCUAGAGGGACCAAAACCCCCAGCUCAUGCUCCCCGCUUGUUGCUCCCCAUGCGUACAAACACAUACACAUAAUCCAGCAUUUAUUUUUUAUUUGAUGUUUUCUUAAUAUUGCACUUUGCUGUUGCCAUGACGUUAUGUACUGCAAAUGAUCAAGAUAUUGACCUUGGAUUAUGAUGUGAACUUUUUUUAUUAGAGGAACGUGUAGAAAUCUAUUUUCAUCUGCUAGUUGAGAACGUAAUUUUCUGGCGUCUGUUUGUGUCCCUGUCUUGUCAGUGCCUUCACUUCACGAGUGAUCAUCAGAGAUUCCAUCAGUCAUGACGCUUUUCUGUAGAUGAAGCUCAGUAUUUAUAGGAUCUGAGCAGAUUCCUUCAUGUUGCAUCAAGCCACAAAUAAUCACGGCACAUGUCAGAUUUUGUGCCUAGUUUUAUUUGAUCCUUUUUUUUUUUGUCUUUGCUAUUACGCUUUCUACAUAUUUUUUUUUUUGUUAAAAUUGUGUUUAGGAACAUUGUACUCAUCACAGCAUCCAUGUAGAUUGCCGUUUGUGUUCGCUUUCUGGAAAAAAAAACAAAAACAUGUUUUUAUGUAAUCCUUUUUCUCGCUCUGUGCUUCACGGAAUAACAGAAACAUGUCUCUAAAAAAAUAAAGAGGACGUGUGAAGAUCUUUGGAUAGGAGCUGUUCUGGCUGAAACGAUGGACUUGUCUUGAACAGUUACCGGUCAGUUUUUUUGUCGUUGUUUUUUUCUUGGGGCCAUAUUUGCACUGGUCAUUCGUUUGACGAUUCUUCUGCUGGGUUGUGCUUUUCCAGGGCCAAUGCAGAACUCAGGUACAUACAAUCUGAAAAAGCCCUCAACUUUACAACCUCAAUCACUGUUGUACUCGGGACUUCGGGGCCGACUUUUAAGAGGACUAUUAUGUCAAAUCGCAGGCUCCCCCCCCCCCCUUUAAUGGGCGGAGCCUCACUUCGAGGAAGCAUGCUGAGAGUGAAAGCUGAAAGAAAUCUCUCACUAAUGUGUAUAAUCUCUGGAUUUGUAUCUUAGUACUCCACUCUGUGACAAGUCACCCUGACCCCAUUCCUCCCCAACCAGACAAUCAACGGAGAAUGUCUACGUCGGUGUAUCUGCGGUGUCUCUGUGUCUACGUCUUCCAUUCAGAAAGAUGUUAUAGAACUGUCCACGGCAGGAGAAGAAGAGAUCUAACGGGGUGGGAGGGAUUGAAAUUAAAGAAACUUCUUGCUUUAGAAAACACACUACGCACGCUCUUAUGAUUGAGGUUCUUACUUUUGAUAUAUAAGUUACUGUAAUUAAAAAAGAAUGCUACCUAUG